AUGCGCAUUCUUACAUCAUCUACCUGUUUGCUUCCCUGCACUCUCUCUUUUCGUCACGGUCUUUCUCUGACUGCUGCUCGUCUGCCAACGGCUAUAAGACCACAAUCCCUACUGGAAGGAAUGAAUCGUUUCCUGAAAAUGCUCGACAUCACAUUCCGUCGUGAUCAGGAGACAUAUCGUCCACGUAUCAACAAAUUCGAGUCGGUGAAGGAUGUGGAGCAGAAGAAGAGUGGACAAUUCUUCUUCCUCGAUGAUAAUUAA